AUGAUUGAAGAAGACUGUGCAAUGAUCAAGGCGACUGAGGAAUAUCAAGAUGUAGUGGAGGCAUUUGGGCUCUCGCCUACCAGGUGGUGGAAUAAGAGGCAUCUCAACGCAAGAAACACCUGGAGCAUCCCAGAUCAUCUCGUGUGCUUGUGGGACGAUCUUGAGCUAGUCACGGCUCGGGACGGUAGUAUGCAUCCGCUGUCCCCAAUGAGAAUAGAAUCACUUCUCCUCGCUCUACUUGUGGACAAGAUCAAGAAAGAGUCCCUCAAUCCCCAUGGGCCCCUAAACUCGCCCCACUGGAGCUUUCGAAAGCAGGUAUUCACGCUAGGAAUGGAAGACGACAAAGGUAUAGCCCCAUAUAAAAUCAUUGACUACAUUUUAUGGUAUGGCCACUGCUGGGAGCUAGAAACAAACAUGAUCGUUAUGAAGUCGAAAAGUCCGGUGUCUCAGAGUUGGACUCUGCUUCAAAACAUGGCGAGUAUCCACCAUGCUCGGAAGCUCGCAGAAAGGGACGCAGUUAUCUAUGGUGUUAUAACUGACGGGUCAAAAUGGGUAUUCAUACAUCUGACCAACAAAAGUCGGGUAGGUAACCCUGGAACCCCCAGUGUGUUUGAGGAAGUUUGA